GUUCGUCACGGAGAAGCGGGUUUAUCGACUCGUUCGUCUCUCUUCACUUUUGAAAUUUAGCUUCGUAAGUGAAAUAGAUUGCAGUAUCUUCUCCUCCUCUGCUAUUCGCAUUGUCUUGUCAUGUCUUCUCUGAUACUCCAUGGGAAAAGGUGUAACUUGAGAAUUAUUUCAGUGAAGCUUAUGCAAAAUGCAUCUGCUUUUUGCAAUUCCUUCUCAUCUGCGAGUGUUGUUGAAUCAUUGGGUUUAACUACGAAGCCUGCAGUAUCGAUCACAACCAAGGGAAAUCCGGAUCCCGUUCUGAGUCUGCUUACAAGCUAUGGGUUCACAGAUUCUCAGAUCUCCAGGAUUAUUAGCACUUACCCACGAUUGCUUACAUUGGAUGCUGAAAAAUCCCUUCUUCCCAAGCUUCAAGCUUUGCAGUCAAGAGGAGCUUCAAGCUCCGAGCUGACAGAGAUUGUUUCAAAGGUUCCGAAAAUCUUGGGAAAGAGAGGGGCAAAAUCUACUGGCUUAUACUAUGAUUUCAUCAAAGACAUUAUACACAACGACAAAGAUGAAGAAGAAGAAGAAGAAGAAGAGGGUUAUAAGAGUUCCAAGUGUGAAAAGAUAUGUUAUUCUUUGCCAGUGGGUAAGAAGGGGAAUAAAAUCCGAAACGUAUCGGCUUUGAGAGAAUUGGGAGUGCCUCAACGGUUUUUAUUCACAUUGCUCAUCUCCAAGAGCCAACCUGUGUGGGGGAAAGAAAAGUUUGAAGAAUCCGUCAAGAAAGUGGUUGACAUGGGUUUUGAUCCGACCACCUCAAAGUUUGUCCAAGCUCUACACGUUGUCUACGAGAUGAGUGAGAAAACGAUACAAGACAAAGUCAAUGUCUAUAAAAGUUUAGGCUUUGCUGAGGAGGAAGUAUGGGAAAUAUUCAACAAGUGGCCUUACUCUCUCAAGUUCUCGGAGAGGAAGAUAACUCAGACGUUUGAAACCCUGAAGAAGUGUGGUCUGGUAGAAGAAGAGGUGCUAUCAGUGUUGAAGAAGCGUCCAGAAUGCAUGCGUGCUUCAGAGGAGAAGAUAGUAAACUGUGUCGAAACAUUUCUCGGGCUCGGAUUUAGCGGAGAUGAGGUUGUGGCGAUGGUCAAGUGUUUUCCUACUUGCUUCGGGUUAUCUGCAGAGACGGUGAAGAAGAAGACUGAGUUUCUGGUGAAAGAGAUGAAUUGGUCACUAAAGGAUGUGGCUGCGAUUCCACCGGUGCUUGGAUACAGCUUGGAGAAGAGGAUUGUUCCGAGGUGUAAUGUAAUCAAAGCUCUCUUGUCGAAAGGACUGAUCAGAGGAGGAAAAAGAAACCUUCCAAUGUCGUCUGUUUUGACGAGUAGCAAUAAGGUGUUUGUAAACAGGUUCGUGAUGAAACAUGGCAACUUGGUUCCUGAAUUGAUGGCUAUCUUCACCGGAGACAAAAAGGGCACACACCACACCUCAACAACAAUGAAGAACGUUGCGGCUUGAGUUGAUUCUGGAAUUGUUUCGUUUUUUCUGAUCGUCGAACAGAUUUGUGAAACUUUGUAUGAGACUUUUAGGAUGAAAGAAACCAAAAAGAUUUUCAUCUC